AUGAAGUUCACUCCUGUUGCGUUUGCCGGCCUUCUCGCCCUUGCCAAGGGCCAGGACGUCGUCGACGAUAUCCAGUCCGUCGGUGAGGACAUCCAGUCCAUCGGUGAGGACAUCUUCUCCGACGUUGGCAAUGGCUUCAGCGACAUUGUCGACAACAUCCACACCGAGUUCGACGAGAUCGUCGCUGAGGUCACCGGUGACGCCGCCUCGUACUGGAGCGACGCGCUCGCGUCCGUCUCCGCCAAGUACGAAGACAUCCUCGAGUCCUACUCGGAUAUUGCCGCCACUGCCUCUGGGGAAGCCGCCGCCCGCGUCACCUCGCUCAUCGGCGAGGCCAGCGAGGCGGCCAACGACGCCGUCUCCAGGGCCAGCGAUGCCAUUGAGGAUGCGCAGGACAAUGACGACGACAACAACAAUGAUGGUGGUGACGGCGAGGAUGCUGGUGUUAUGCAGGUCGCUGCUCUCGGCUUCGCGGGUCUCGCCGGUGGUGUCGCCGUCUUCAUGAACUUGUAA